AUGUACUUCACUUCGAGAACAACAAUUUCCAACCAUAUUGCUGGGGACGGAACAUUUAGCGCAAGACAAUUCAAGCCAAGCUCCACCCUGUCUGCUAACACCACAGAAACCGUCACCUCGCUCGCCAUAGCUCCCCAGAUCCAGGAAUUGAAAUCUGGUUUCGGUGUUAUCGUUGAAGGCUUGGACUUUGCUGAAGGCGUAACCAAGGAGAGCUGUCGCUUGAUAGAGGAUACGGCGUGGGACGACCUUGAUGAGGAGACUAAGAAGGAAUUCCUCGAAAAUGACUACAUCGGUUGUCAUUCCAUUCUGCACUCGAAGAAACUGGCUGCUGCUGAGCACUUCGCAGACACUGAGCCCGCCGAUUACCCUAUGGGCCGUCACAGGGUAGCACAGAAGCAUGAGAGAUCUGGCCGUAUGACUCUGUACAUUGCCAUGCAUAUUCAUCAUAUCGAGGAUCUUGACACUGAGGCUUCCAAGAGACUCUUCGAUAAGCUCUUCAGACAUGCUACGCAAGAGAAGUAUCGCCUUAUGGUUGAAUGGGAAAAUGUUGGAGACCUUGUUAUCUGGGACAACACUUGCACCAUGCAUAGGGCAGUGGGUGGUGAAUUUGCCUUCAAAUACAAGAGAGACAUGAGACGUGCUACUGUCCACGAUGACAGCAGUCAGGCGUGGGGUCUAAAUGAACACGUAGACACUCAACAAGGUCUUCCUUGA